CUGUGGUGCACGUAAGCUGGAGGUGUGUCUGCACUGGGGCUUGGUGCGCCCAGCUCCUAUAGGAGAGUCCAGAAGUACCUGUGCAAGGUCAAGGCGUGUCUGACUGGAAACCUGAUGCCUCAUCUCAGCCAAUGUGGAGGCGGAGGGAGGAGAACCAAGAGACGUGUUCCUUCAUGCUGACAACAGCUGAAAACAGAGAAGGAAACUAGUUAGAGUCUUUUUUAUGUGCACAGAAGGCCUUGGUGUCCCUGUCUUUCCCAGAAGUCCGGCUGUAUUUCAGUACUCUGGGGGGGUGUCACUCCUGCACCCGCCAGGCGAUGAACAUCACAAGGAGAAGAGGCUUUUGUAGACAGGAAGUGAACAAAACCAUCUGGGAGCUGCCCAGGAGAUACACGUCUAUCCAUCCUGUGGGGUCCGGGGCCUACGGCUCGGUGUGUUCAGCCAUAGACAAGAAGACAGGUGAAAAAGUGGCCAUCAAGAAGCUGUGCCGCCCAUUCCAGUCAGAGACCUUUGCCAAGAGAGCGUACAGAGAGCUCAUGCUAUUGAAGCAUAUGCAACAUGAGAAUGUCAUUGGGCUGCUUGAUGUCUUCACGUCUGCCCCCUCUUACCAUGGAUUCCAGGACUUCUACCUGGUGAUGCCAUACAUGCGGACAGAUUUACAAAAGAUCAUGGGACAUGAAUUCAGUGAUGAAAAGAUCCAGUACCUGGUCUACCAAAUGCUGAAAGGGUUGAAGUACAUUCAUUCUGCUGGAAUCAUUCACAGGGACCUGAAACCAGGCAAUCUGGCUGUGAAUGAAGACUGUCAACUAAAGAUUUUAGACUUCGGCUUGGCAAGACACACGGAUGCUGAAAUGACAGGCUAUGUGGUUACACGCUGGUACAGAGCACCAGAAGUCAUUCUGAACUGGAUGCAUUACAAUCAGACAGUGGAUAUCUGGUCUAUUGGCUGUAUCAUGGCAGAAAUGCUGACAGGGAAAACACUCUUUAAAGGAAAAGAUUACCUAGAUCAACUGACUCAGAUCCUGAAAGUAACAGGGUAUCCAGGAGAAGAUUUCGUGGAGAAGCUGGAAGACAAAGCGGCUAAAAGUUAUAUCAAGUCCCUUCCAAAAAUUCCCAAGAAGGAUUUGUCUGUGCUUUUCCCCAAAGCCAAUCCUCAGGCAGUGGACCUGCUUGAUAAGAUGUUGCAACUAGAUGUGGAAAAGCGUCUUACAGCCACAGAGGCUUUGGCCCACCCCUAUUUUGAUCAGUUCCGAGAUGUUGAGGAGGAGACAGAAGCACAACAGUCCUAUGAUGAUUCUCUGGAGCAUGAAAAACUUUCAAUAGAUGAGUGGAGAAAGCAUAUUUACAAGGAGAUCUUGUCCUUCAGUCCAGUUGCACGGAAGGACUCAAAGAGGCGAAGUGGAAUGUCAUUGUAGCAACUGAAGCAGCUGUGACUGGAAUUCCUUUCUCAUGCUGGAUGACAGAUGGGAUUUGCACCACACUGCCUUGCUCUUAAUCAUCAUUUGGCCUGUAGGACUUCCUUGUGUGUGAACACAAGGAUGACACCAUGCCAUGAGCACUGGACUUCGUUCUAACAGAGGGGGAUGCAACCCAAGCAAUUUUCAACACUAAAGAUAAAUAUACUCUUGUUGAAACUCCAAA